UCCAUUUCCAAACAACGGAAUAUUCGGCGACCAUGCCAUCAUGCCACCAUUGCUGCGCCGAGGAUGCCCGCUGUAGAUGUGGCCAAUGCAAGGCCGUGUACUUUUGCAACCGUGACUGCCAGAUCCAGGCGUGGCCUACGCAUCGACCUGAGUGCAUACCCCCCGCAGUGUCGCCGUCGCCUUCUGAUUCGUCGACGCACGUUGGCUCUGUCACACAGGACACACCCUUCACGCCGUCUUUACGUGUAUCUCCUGCAGUAGUCAAAGCCGAACCGGUGCAGGUUAAUGCUGCUAUCGACGACGCAGUCGACAACGCAACGCAGGAGCCAUCCAAGAAGUCGAAGAAGAAGAAAAAGAAGUCGAAACAGGUACAUGUCGCUUCCCAGGAGUCGUCGGCGUCGUCGUCCCCGGACGAACACCCCACCAAGGCAGCUAUCCAUCUUACUGUGAUGCCAACUGCAAUGGUGCAAUCGAAGAGUUCAAGUGUCAGCAAGGAUGAUUGGACUGCGCAUGACACGGUGUCAAAGAAAGACAAGAAAAAAGCUGGAAAAGCCGGCGCGGCGAACCACCCAUCCAAACAACAGCGCAGCCAGAGUUUGCCGGGAGGCAUCAUGUCCAAAGGACGGAGCUCAAUUGUAAAAGCGAAAUCGAAAUCCAUGAUCGUCAAGAAGGGCGUGUCGUGGGGGACGGUGAGUGCUCGGGAAUUCGCGCGAUGUCCCGGCGGUGGUGGAGCCGUUCCCGACGAAGGCACGUGGGCUUUAGGUCUGGGAAAAGUCAUCCAUGACAUCACGCUUGGCCCCGUGGAAACGAUUGAGUUGCUGAAAGAAAAUGCCGAAAAGAAGCUGCACAACCAUGCACCACCCACGUCGCACCACAAUCAUCACAAUCAUCAUCACAAGAAAGAACGACCCGCUGUUUUGCCAGGCGAACGCCUGCAUCGGUUAAGCGAACGAGAGCGAAAAGAAUUGCUCAUGGAAGCGGAAGACAGCCAUUGUCACGAAGAUACCGUCGCCAGUCCGCCUAAGCACGAGCAUUCUCGCCGCCAGCGUCGUUCGUCAUCUGAAGAUUGCGACGCGCAUGUGUUUGCCAGUCUGUGUUUGGAGCAAGCGACGGAAUUCGCCGUCAUCCGGUCAUCGCGGGACGAGAUGUGCGGGUGUUCGUGCGGUGAUCUUGUGAAAAAAGUGUCCAAGAUGCACGUCAAGAAACUCGUUGCGUGGCUUCACGACCGAGACGUCGACACGUCUGCAAUGUCAAAGUCAGACCUCCUCCAGACAGCCAAAUCGAUUGCAAGUCAGGAGAAGAACUGCGCCACAGAUGACUGCGAGUGCGCCCGCAAUGGAGUCCCGUGUCACCAGGGUGUGUGCUCUGGCUGCAAAGACUCGUGCCACAACGACCGGUACACGUACAAGAGCGACGCAGUCGCGCAGUACCGCAAGGCGCAGUUGGCUCUGUGGAAGCAGUCGAACAAUUCGUCGGCGAUAGCUGUAUGCUGAUAGACCAUGUCGAACUGGUGACAAGACAAUAGGCAGCUUGACACAUAAAUUUUGCUGGCCUACAACACAACGUAGUUGUCGCGGGGGUGCUUGUCGUUUGUGU